AUGGAAGAUAUUAUUGUUUCACUUGAACCAGCAUUUCAUCGUGUUGAACGAUUUAUGUUAUGGCAUAAUCGUUAUGCAAGUUUACUUGCAUUUUUCCUUGGUCAUUGUAUUUUUUAUGCUAUAGCACGAGCUGGUUUACGUCCAUUUUGCGCUAUGACGCUUGUUGUUUUAAUAUUUCAUAUACUUGAUUGUUUAAAAAAAAAACGAUCAUAUUCAUUGGAUAAUGGCGAACAAAAUCUAUGUGAAUUAACAAAACUUGUUUUACGUUCAUAUCGUCAUUUGUGCGAAACACAUGAAAAAUUAAAUACACUUAAAACAGAAAAUCGUGUUAAAUAUUCAAUACUUAUUAUUGUUAUUUGUCUUAUACUUGCAUAUAUUGGUGUAAAAAUAAAUGGUUUUUAUGUAUCUUAUAUAACAAUGUUAAUACUUUUUACAUUACCCGCUAUUGUUUAUCAUAAAUUAAUACCAAAAUUACUUCAACGUUUAGCACCUGUACUUGAACAACUUGAUCAAUCGAUGGAAUAUAAACGACGUUCAAUAAUCGAUCGAAAAGAUUUAUUAGUUAAAAUUGAUAAAUCGGGAUCAAUUAAUGAUGAUGAUGAUGAUGAUGAUGUUCGACGAUUAAAACAGCAACGUGAUUUAUUACGACAAGAACAAAUAGAAAUGAAACAUGAACCUUUAAAUUUAACUGAUGAUGAAGAUGAAGAUGAAGAUGAAGAUGAAGAAAAUGAAUUAAAAUCAUUUGAGUCAAAUGAUGAAAGUCAAACAAUAUUAAAUUUACGACAACGUUAUCAAAAUGAAAUUGAUUCAAAUGAUGAAAGUCAAACAAUGUUAAAUUUUCGACAACGUUAUCAAAAUGAUAUAGAUACAAAUGAUGUAGCCCUUGUACCAAAACAGUCAAAUAUGAGUGAUUCAGCUUUUGAUAUGCUUAGUGAUUCAUCAUCGUCAGUUGCAGAUGAUGAAGCAACUCGCAUAAGUGAAUUAUAUGCUAAUGUUGGUGAUCAAUUUGAUGGUAAACAUCGUAUUAAAAUUAAAGGUGAUGAAUUAAAAAUUAAAGGACGUUCAAAUAAACAACGACCAAAAUUAAUGGAUGCACCAUUUUUUCAAUCAAAUAUUGAUGAUAAUAAUACGAAAAUAAAUAAAUUAUCAACAUCAACAUUAACUAAUACAUCAGCGAAUGUCCCACAUAGUGAACCAGAUUUAACAAGUUUUGAUUUUCUCAAUGAUUACGAUGAAAAAGCAUAA